UGUUUUUUCCUUCAACUUUAUAAAUGACGUCGAAUACGGUUUCCAUGGUUACGUCAUUAAAACAUAAAAUAAUGUAACAAUAACGUUAGCGGAUAGCUCGACAUAUGAGAUGUCCUUAACGCUAUGUGUUUCUAAGGCAGAUGAAUUUUCCAACGUUUUUCUUUUUCUUCCCGCCAAAAAUAUUUUUGUUUAUAAUUUUGAACAAUAAAUGGGAAUGAAAUUAUCUUUAAAUCGUGUUUGUAUUUGAAUCGAGCUGUUAUUGACUUUUCUUUUACAUCCUAAGCGCAAAAUAUUUAUUACACAUUCUUUCCAAAGUUAGCAGAAAAAAAAAUUCAUAAAGAUGUUUUUUUCACGAAUAAGAUUUUAAAGUUGUUACUACAGAGAUAUCUCAUAAUAAUCACAUCCGGCAGUUUUUAGACGGACUUUAAUAGAUUUAGUCGUUUCUUUUUGAAUGUAUGGAAAUACAUUACGAAAAAGGAAGUUUAACAAAGGUAUAGGAGCACCAACAGUAACGGCACGAAACAGCAACAUCGACGUGUAACGAACGAAGAACGUAACAACGGCAAAAAGACGUAUAACGACGGCGGAAGAGCGUAACAACGCUAAAUAAAUAUGACGCAAAUACCAACAGAAAAUGGGUUAAAGUGUCGAAAGGAAAAGAUCGAAAACUUUUACGACAUCAAAGAAGAAUUAGGCAGAGGUCAAUUUGCUGUUGUCAAGAAAUGCAUUUCGAAAGAAACCAACGAAGAAGUAGCUGCAAAAUUUAUCAAACUGAAACGCACCCGAACUAGCAAAGCAGGAUUAAGUCGGGAAAUGAUCGAAAGAGAGGCCUCUAUUUUGAAUCUGCUGAGCCAUGAUAAAGUGAUUAAACUCUACGAUGUUUUUGAUCUGGGACCUGAGAUUGUUUUAGUGUUGGAGCUUUUGUCUGGUGGCGAGUUAUUUGACAAAAUUUGCGAAUUGGAGUAUUUAACAGAACUCGAUGCUUGUUGCUACAUGAAACAAGUGUUAGAAGCCAUUGAACACUUACAUGAUUCAAGCAUUGUACACUUGGACAUCAAGCCUGAGAAUAUCGUCCUAAAGUCAUCUGACAAAACCGACAUCAAACUUGUUGAUUUUGGUCUUGCUCAAAAAUUGGAACCUGGCAAAGACCUUCGUGAAAUGAUGGGUACUCCAGAGUUUGUGGCACCAGAAGUGAUCAAUUAUGAAACUAUUGGAUUUUAUACAGACAUGUGGGCAAUAGGUGUUCUUGCUUAUAUUCUAUUAAGCGGCUGCUCACCAUUUUUGGGUGACGACAAUCAAGAAACAUAUGCAAACAUUGUCGAAGUGGAUUAUCAUUUUGACGAAGAAUAUUUUGAUAAAAUAUCAGACGAUGCCAAAUUAUUUGUGUCUGAAUUACUCAUCAAAAGACCGAGCAAGAGGAGCACGGUGAAGGACUGUCUAACUCAUCCAUGGCUAUUAACAAUCAGUGGACCAAGAAAACGUCAGGACUCGUCUAUCAUAGCAACGGGAAGAUUUAAAGCGUUUGUCGCUAGAAGAAGAUGGCAGCAAUCAUUUCAAAAGUUGAACGCAAUCACAAGAUUUUCCAAGUUCCUAAGAAAAGGAGUAUUACCUACUUUUCCUGAGGAGAGCGUAAGUCCUUCAGCAUCACCAUGUGUAUCUCCUGGCCCUGAAGAUACGACCUUUACGCCCAUUUCUACGCCCUCGUUAACAGAUACACCCAAAGGAAAUACACCCACACCUGAUAAUGAAGAAGAGAUUAACCAACAUGCAGAAAACAAAGAACCAUCAGACGUGGUAGAUUGCUCGCAAAGUACUACACAAUGUGAAAAUAAAGGAAUUGGUGAUGUUUGCAAGCAAAUCCAACAGAGUGCCGACGGAAACAUUACGAUUGAAAAUGACGAAAUACAGAAUAGAAAAAUGAAUAACAGUAAAAACGAUUUGACAGACUGUGUAAAUCAAAGAGUCAUUAUUAAAACUGAAAACAGCGUGCGCAACAAUGAAAGUAACACUGAUUUAAUUGAAAUAGAAGAAGCCUCAAGUAGGCCUUCAAAUACAAACACUUUGCCCGCGAACCAGGAUACGGCCAUUGUUAAUUUAACUAGCGAAGAAAAUAAGUUAGACAAUGCGAGCAAACAAGAGAUAUCACACAAUGAAAGCAAGCAAGACGAGGACAAUGUGGUGUUAAGAUCAGAUUCUACAAGUGACGAAAAUGUCGUAAAUGUAAACACAGCUGUGUCUGAGGUGAAAGAUGUAAAAGACGAAACAAACCACCCUGUGCCGUCUAUUGAAAUUCGCGUCAACGAUUUUGGAUCCAAAGCAAGCACUGAUGAAAUCAACGCUACUGUUACAGAAUCACCUUCCAGAUUGCGAAAGGAAAGCCAUCACAGGAAAUACAGUCGUGAAGCACCUGUACAUUACACACAAAUGUUCUUAGAUGAAAGAAGAAGGCAAAUGAUGAAAGAAGGAAGUUUUGCGUCGGUCGAUGAAGCUUCUAUCGAAAUCAACGCCGCACAAGAAAGCAAGGCGCCAAAUUGCAGUGUCGAAGUUAAAGGAGUCAGUGAGGACAUAGAUGAAAAUAACAGCAUAGUGUGUAAUACUCAACCAAUUAUAACAGAAGAUGAGAAAAGUACCACUUCACAUGUUAUUACUUCAGAUAGUCCAUCCAAAGCAAACGAAAAAGCCAAAAAAUUUAAAGAAUGUAUUGAUCAAUCGUUUGCCGUAGAAACGGAGGUAGCCCAAAACAAUCCGUCAGAAGUAGUACUGGACGAUUGCACAAAAAACGAGAAGGAAUCACUCACUUCCAUAAAUCAAAGCAGUGUGGUAGAGACUGACCAGGGAGCAUCAGUUCCGCAAAAAAAUGUCUCGUUCUGUAAAAACACAAUCGUAGAUACGGAUUUCAAUGAAAUCAAAGGCUUUGAUAUUCGCGAUACAAAAGGCUGCAAAAUAAGUGGUCGAAAGAAAGCUGUAUUCACAGACCAUAGAAGUAUAUUAAACGAUGAAUCAAUAAAGAAACCAAACCGAUCGCUCUCUUUAAAGGAACAAAGAAAAGCGUUCAUACUCGGCACCAGGUCUCAAUCUCUAGACAGCGCGACGAUGAAGACAAGCGAGAUGGAUGAUAUGAAAAAGUUAGAGCCGUUGCCGGAAGAUAAUGUGGUAACUUUACCGAAUGAAAUCAAGGAAGAUAUGUUGGAAAAUAAUACAAUGGUAGAAAAUGACGAAUCCGAAGAGGAUGACAAAAUGGUAGACGAGCUUUAUCUUGGAAAUACAAAAAUUAGCAACGUUUUAGAUGAGAAUGAAAACGUAGAUGGGAUAUCGGACCAAGAAAAAAUUGACAAAACAGAAGGACGUUAUGAAGCCAAAGAAAAACAAGAAUUGUGCUUCCAAGAAAAGCAUACUGCUAAAAAAGAACACAACCUCGGGAAACCAGGGAACAAAUCGCAUCAUGUCCGGAAGCGAAUUACAGCGGUGAAAACAAUCGAUAUGAAACACUUGAUUGACGUCAUAUUAAUGGACGAACCGAAUACAACAUGUGAAACGAACAUUGAACAUGACGUACGAGACGACAAACGUGAAUGCCCAUAUAAGGAAACACCCGUUUAACAAUAUUGUAAUAGGUUUAUCAUAUAGAAAGUUUUGAUUAUAAAGUUAUAUAAAGUAUAUAAAAGGAUAUGUAAAUUUAGUAUGUGAAAAUAAGAAAUAAGUUCUGCCUCCAACAUUUUUGUAAAGGUUUAAUAAGAAAAAUCACAAGUAUAUAACACGACUAUAUAACAUACUUUAUUGGUAAAAAAAGUCGGUGAAAAGUGAUUAAAUUUCGGCUUUGAAACUAAUAUUUUUUACCGGCUAAAAUUUGUUUCCGGCCUUUUUUUUACCGACAUAUUAUUAUUGACGUUUUCAUUAAAGUUUUUUGCCAAUUACAACUGCUUUAAGUGCAUUAAUAACAAUAAUUGCCAGUUUUUAUUUGAGUUGAAAUUUUUCUAUCAAAAGGAGAAUUUUUUGUCUCAAUAGGAAUUGGUUUGUGAAAAAUCGUUUCUUAUUAAUUUUUUCAACAAAAUCAUCCUGCAAAAACUGAUAAUGUUGGUAAGAUUAUGCGAAUAAAAACUGUCUAGAUUUUGUGUAAAGGACUAAUAUUUUUACGGACUUAAAAUUUGCAGAAGAUAUAUUUUUUAUACAAGAGCGAUUUGUAUUCUUUUACUCAUUUUCUGACGAUUAAGUUUCUCAGAAUAUUGGAUUGCACUU